AUGUAACUUAUAAGUUCUAGGAAAUGAUCCAAUGAGUUCCAUGAAUAUAUUUGAUAAUGAUGAGCAAGAAGUUAUUCACUUGAGUCGUCAAGAUACCUGUGAAACUACGUCUUGUUUUCCAUGCUGUUGUGGAAGAUUUGUCAAAUUGGAAGUAACAUCACCUGCCGGUGAAUUAUUUGGCGCAGUUGAACAAAUUAUCGGUUGGGCUACAUUUGGUUUUGAUAUCAAGAACGAGACUGGCUGUAUUGUGUUGAAAAUCAAAAAAAAGUCUGAGACGAAAUUUAAAAUUUUAUCAAGUGACAAAUCAACUGAACUUGGUGAAAUAUCGACUACAUGGAAUAAUACGAAGUUGGAUAUAUCAUUUCCUCCCGACUUGGAUGUUCGUAUAAAAGCUGUUCUGCUGGGCGCUAGUCUUUUAAUAGAUUGCGCCGUUUUUAAAAAUACGAGUAGCAGUGAUGAUUGACAACUGAUUGAGUUGAAGUUGAACGUAACAUACUUGGAAGAAACCGAAAUGCGAAUUGCCAGAUUCUCCUCUCCGGUCAUGUCGCUGGAUGAAUGGACAACUUUGUUUUUAUUUUUAUACGUUACCGUACCUAACUUAACCUAAAAAGGUAUUCGUUACUUAAUUUUGUAAAUUAUGUGAGCUUCUUUAUUUUUACUGUACCUAAGUAUUCGCUGAUCGAAAUCUGUUCCAGUUUUCCUUUGCCUUUGUAUUGUAUUUUAUAAUUUUUAUAUCAUUUUUCAAUUAUUGUUUGUUAGAACACUAAGCACCAAAUAAACUUGAAGAGUUGAA